UCUGUUCUGUUAUCAGCAUCAGUGUUGUGCAGGUAUAAAAGCAGAGGAGGGGAGGUGGAUGCAGCCAUAAAGGACAAAGGAAACUCAGCAGGAAGAUGAAGAUGACUGAGAUGUUCGGGGUCCUUCUGACCUUUCUGAUGCUCCUGAGCUGCACCCGGGGGCAAACAAACGAAACAAAUGCAACAGGGACCGGUACCGGCACUAAUUCGACAGGUUCGACUCCAGCGACCACGCAGCUGUCCAGCCAAACCUCCGUCACCUCCGUCACCUCCAUCACCUCCAGCAGCCCACCAACCUCACAUCCACCGCCGACCUCCUCCACCCUCCCAGCUGCCACCACCUCAUCCCAGGGACCGGCAGCCUCCUCUGGGACUACUGAAAGCCCUGGAGAACCGGCCUCCACCGCUCAGUCGUCCACAGGUGGAACUGGAGGCAGCAGCGCUUCGACGAUCUCAGCUACGACAUUACAUGGAGGAUCUGAAGCUCUGUUUGGAGGCUGCAGUCAGCUGAUGGUGGCCUCCAUCUCCGUCCUGAUCUACUGGACGCAGGGCUGAAAGAGUGGAAUCACAGACUCUGUUUCUCUUUUACAUUAAGCCCAUAAAUCUUGUAUAUAAAAGGAAAGAAGAUGGAGCCUCAUAUUAAUACUCUAAUGGCUAUGAAGUGCUUUGUUUGCACUGAGCUCUUUUCCACCUUUAACCUUCGUGUCGUCCUGCGGGUCAAAAUUGACCCGUUUUAAAGUUUGAAAAUGUGGAAAAAUAUAUAUGUUCACAGUGAAACUUCUGAUGUUCACAUUUUCAACAUUUUUGUGAAAUCUUUGAACAUUUUUGAUGGAAAAAAAGAAAUGUUAACAAUGUUCCUGAAGAACAUUCACUACUGUGUGAAUGUUCUUAAGAAAAUAUUAGAAGUUUUACUGAUAUAUAUGGAAUCACUUUAGAUAUUUUUAGGAUUUUUUGGAAGAUUUUUACUCAUUUUUUGAAAAUAUUUACUAUAAUUUUCUUGCUAAAUUUGGGGGAUUUUUUUUUUAAAAAACAUAAAUCUUUCAAGGGAAACUUUUAAGGAAUUACUGGAAUUUUCUUCCUGAAGGUUUCGCAAAUUUUUAGAAAUUUGGGGAAUUUUUUUGCUGAAUUUUGGGAUUUUUUUUCAGACAAGGAAACAAUAGUUUUUGCUGCCCGUAAAUGAGGACAACAGGAGGGUUAAACCUGUUGCACAAAUCUACAGAAGUUAGGUAAACUCCAUAUUUUACACGUUAAAGCUUUAUUUCUGUCAUGAAUGGUAAAAUGAAGCAAAUAAAACUUUGGUGUUUUGACAAAUAAAAAGAGAACUGAACUAGGA